AUGGUUGAGGGUGAAUGUGAAGAGGAAGGUGGGGUUACAGUUGAGGGUGAUCAUGAAGAGGAAACUGGGGAGGAUGUUGGUGAUGUUCGUAGCUGGACUUCUAGUGGUAAAGAUGAUGAUGGCAAUGAUGAGGUUAAUUAUGAGUGUAUGAAAGGUCUGGUUGAUGUUAAUGUUGAGUGUGAUUUAGAAGAGGAUGUAGGAGAUGGAGGUGCAGAUUGGUUUGGUAAUGUCCAAGUUGAUGUGCAAUCUGAUGAUAGUGAUCUUGAUGAUGGAAUAAAUAGUGAUAAUGAUAGAGGUUUGUCCAAUGAUGAAUGGAAAUUUGAUGAAUUAGAUAGUGGAGCAGAAAGUGAUGGACAAGAUGAUGAAGAGGAGGGUUAUGGGAAGUACAUAACGUUUUCCAUGCCUAAGACAAUGAUGGCAUAUUGUGCUUAUAUGGAAGCCAUUCAUACGUGGCAAUUGAGGACUGAUGUUGACAAUCACAUAUGUAGUAGAGAGCACAAAUUAAGAUUACUUAAUGCAAAAUGGCUCAGUAAGAGGUUGGAAAAAACUGUUAGAGAAAAUCCCCAAGUAAAGGGAAUGGAAAUUCGGGAGAACAUUAGUAGAAAAUGGAAUGUAGGUGUCUCUAGAUGUAUGACUUAUAGAGCAAGGGCCAUUGCUUCAGACAAUAUUGAUGGGUCUUUCCAAGAGCAAUAUAGAAAGAUUUAUGACUAUUCCAAUGAGCUCCUAGCUCGUAAUCCAGGAUCAACGGUGAAGGUCAAAGUUGAAGAGACAGUGGAUGAACACAUUUUUAAGAGGUUUUAUACAUGUUUGAAGGCCUGCAAGGAUAGUUUUGUGUCUUGCAGGCCAAUUAUUGGGCUGGAUGGUGCUUUUAUGAAAGGGAAAUAUGGUGGAGAAAUGUUAACUGCUGUUGGUAGAGAUGCAAAUGACCAAAUGCUACCUCUAGCUUAUGUUGUGGUGGAAGUUGAGAACAAGGAGACUUAG